AUGGGCGGCGGUGUUUUGGUGUUUCUGUACCUGGCAGCUCCCCCGCACCCUCAAGCACUGCCAACCACUCCAGCUUCCGCCCCCCACGAACCCUUCCUGGAAUCUUACGCAUCUCGGAGAAACCCAGCGCCGCAUCGAUCUACGCAAGCGGAGAAACCAGGCCCCAGCCAGCGCAUGGACGCCGCCACUGCUAUGCGGCCUUGGUCGACGAUGUUCAGCGUUACGCUGAACAUCGUCGACCAAGGGCGCAUAGAAUACACUUGUACGCCGACGCUGAACAAGUGUACUCUACGCGCGGCACACAGGCGCCCAGUGACGGUGGAGUGUGCUGUUGGCGUGACGGGGUGCUGUUUCGAGGGGGUGCCCAAAGCGACGAUCCGGGAGCUAUCGUUGGGGCGGCGCGAGACGACUCAGCUGUGGUUGGUGGUUGUGUGAGCGGGCGGCUGGGCCGGAUUGAGGGUGUUGUGGAGUCGAGGUUGUCUCGUUCUUGGCGCGCGGGAGGGGUGCCGCCGUAGUGAGACUUACCGUUCUGUUAGUCGGUUAUUGCGACGAAUCACAUCUACGACUGUUUUUGGGUCCGGUUCGCGAAUGGUGAUGGCGGUGGAGGGGGACAUUUCAUCGGCAGCGCCGGAGCGCCCUGGCUUUGUGUGAUUUCCUCAAUCAGGCCGUGGGUAGGGUGUGGGCGGGCAAUAUAAUGGUAUCGUCACACCUUACGGGCUGAUAAAUGAAGUGCUCAUGUUGUGCCACAUUGGCUCUUUUGGCAGGUGUGGCGCUUGGACGGUUUGGAGACUUUUGGAGAUGGGGUUAGCGAGGUACAGAUCCGUUUACCCCUGAAGCACGGACAAGCCGAUUGCCCAAGAAAAACAAAUGGUAGGUGACAAGCACGUCUUGUCCCCACCUAAAGUCUGGGCCGAACGUGCUCCCAAAAUGUUAGAAAGGUUUUAGUUAAGGGCGGCUAUCAGGGUCCUGUCCAAGUUUGCAAGCGAUC